UUCAUCUGUGUCAUGUCACAAAGCGUCAUCGUGUAUGAGAAUUUUCCAUUUUAUUUUAUAAACUUAAAAAGAAUGAUUAAUUAUUAUUAUGAAAUGUUAUUGUUCAAAACACAGUGAGUUAGUUGACUUUAAAAUUAUAAUCUCAACAUGAGUAAGGCAAAUCCACUCGCUGGUUUAAUUGGUAAUUACGGCGACUCCGAUGAUUCCGACGACGAAAUGGUUAACGUUUCGUACGGGGUCUCAAGUAAGAAAACAAACAAAAUCGCGCCUACAAUAGGCCAGGAUCCUGUAGCCAACUACGCUGGUAUCCAUCCACCUCCAAUACAGUAUUGCCCAUGGUCAGCAUGCUACGACGAGAGCAGUGGAUUUACAUAUUACUGGAACCAGCAGACAAAUGCAGUGACAUGGGAGGCGCCUCCAGAAUACUUACUGGCUUUAAAAAUAGCUCAGCAACAGCUGCACAAUGCGGGCUCAGCAGAAGUGUCAGCUGAAGAAUGGCAGAUGUAUCAGCAAGCACUUGCGGAGAAACAGAACACACAUAACAAGAUAAUAGCCAAAGCUGCGAUAACUAGUCUGAAUAAGUCUUCCAAUAAUGACAAUACUCUUCCAGUAAAGGAUAAUAAGAAAAGUAAGACUGGAAAGAAACGAGCUAACAGUGAAGAUGAAGAUGACAAAAUUGAAUUAAUAACAUCCUACCAUAACUCGGAUUCCGAGUCUAAUGAUGAGGCUGAAAGUCCUGUGAAGGUACAAGCGGUAUCAACAUUAACACAGAAACCUGCACUCAAAGUACAGAAGAAUGUGCACAAGAAGCAGAAGACCAAACCUCAAGUGGAGUACGGGCCGAGCAUUAACUACAGCGAGCCCAUUGGACCUCAACUGCCACCUGUUAUGGACACAAAGGUGGAAACAAAACCUGAAACUAAAGUGGAAAUUAUUAAUGUGAAAGAGCAGGAGAAAAGUUCACCCAUAUCCAUCGACAAUGAAGAUAGUCAAGAUGAGAUGUCAUUACUAAAGAAAUUAAAAGACAAAGCAAAAAUACUAGAGAAAUUAGGCGGAGAAUUACCAUCGGAAUUACAGCAGAUGAUAAAAGAUGAAACCAAUUUGUCUGCGACUGCUUCUCCGAGAUCCCUAAAUGAUAUUAAUACGAAAAACAAUGACAUAGAUGAUAUGCUAGAAGAGAUAGAAAAGACGGAAUUUCUAAAAACAAAGCCCAAAGAAACAAAGUCAAGUAAAAGCAGUGUUGCUAAUUCACCGCGAAGUGAUGGCCAUAGAACACCUCCAUUAGAAGAACUUAAAACUCUGUUUCCGAGCACCAAAAACCACACUGAAGAACCUAUUCCUACAUUAUUCCCGAGUGUUGCCAAUUUUGAAGAGAAAAAUGAUAGCAAACCAGCAAGUCCUCAAACAAAACCUGUGCCAGAGAAAAAAGAAAAUAUGUAUCUAAUGGAUGCAAAUGAACCAAUAGAAAAUAUCAGUAGAAAGAAACUGAGAAUCUCGAAUUCAGUGUUGCCAGAAAGAAAAAUCGAGAAAAGCGAACCACCAGCAUACACAACUAAAUAUUCUCAAUACAUUGAAGGUUUUUCUGACCAGAGAACCGGUUUAGGGUUUAAGGAAGAAGACAAAUGUGAUAGUCCAAAGAAUACUAUAAGUUACGGCAAUGGAUUGACAUUUACCAGGGGAGAGACAUUGAACGAGGGUAAACAGGACGAGGACCUGCACGACCUGACAGACCUCAUCGGAGCCAAGCUGAAGCACUUAAACGAGCUGCAGCCGUGUGUAGUGACACCCGUACAGGAGAUGAUCAUACAGCUGCAGACGCUGGUGUCGGGGUGGGCGUGCGGCGGCGUUUCUGCGGCGCACGUGCGGCGCUGGGCGGGCGGCGCGCGCGCGGCGCUGGCGCGGCACGAGGCGGGCGCCGCGCCGCCCGGCUGGACCUGCGCCUUCCAGAGGGCGGCGGGCCGCUACCGCUACCGGCGCGAGGCGGACGGCCUGCAGCAGUGGGAGUACCCCGCGCUCGACAACACCGACAUGGACAUCUCCACCACGCCGCCGCACGCCUCCGCUGACGCCAAGCAGGAGGAGGUGUGUCCGCCGGCGAGCGCGCCGCCCUCCCCCGCGCGCCCCGCCUCGCCCCCCACCCCGCCGCCGCCGCGCUGGCUCGAGCCCCCGCCCCCCGGCUGCGACGACACGCCCCCUCCCCCGCCACCGCCACCACCGCCGCAACACGUGCCACAACCACCGCCACCGCCACCACCAUCGGAGCCAAAGGCGGAAAUCUCCGAGGAGCUGAUGAGUUUCUACAACGACAUCGCGGAGCUGGAGAAGCAGGCGGAGCCCCCCGCACCCGCCGCACCCGCCGCACCGCCCCCGACACACCGCGACACCCCUGAGCCCGCCUCGCCACCCUCGCCACCCCCCGCCACCGCCGCCCCCACCGCCACCAGCGCCACCAGCGCCACCACCCUCACCUCCGCCACCUCGGCCUCCUCCGAGGCAAGGGACAGGGCGCGGGAGAGAGACAGGGAGCGGGACGCCCGGGCCCACAGGAAGAAGUCCAAGGUGAAGAUAUCAACUUCGAUGGGCAUGAAGCACAAGUCUGUGUCCAGCCUGGUGGCGAAGUGGCAGCAGGUGGCAGAGGAGAUACACUCCGACUGAUGUUUGCCACCGCCGACACACUAAUGCCACACAUGCCACAGCACGACUGCGAUGAUGUUAGAGUGUGCAAAGGUGCAAGCAUUUAACUGUGUCUUGGAAUGUUACUGUUUGUACCACAGAAGUAACAUACAAUAGUCGGUAAUCAUAUAAGUGUAUAAAUAUUAUUUAAACUUUAUGAUAAAAUGUGCUAUUAUGGAUUAUUCAUAGUAAUUGUUUACAGUGAAUUUUACAUGUUACAAGUUAUUUAAUAAAGUAUAGUAAAUAUUGAAAAUAGAUUUGUUUCAUUUGCAAUGAAAUAUAACAUUAGA